AUGCCGUCGGUGCAAGAGCUCAAGAGCAAAAACGCUCGCGCCGUUCAGGAAAAGCAUCUCGAUCUCGUCGGCAAGUACAAGACGCACUAUCCUGCCGUCGAAAAGCUUCACAAGCUCGCCAAAGAACAAAUCGUCGAUGAUGUGGCCUCGCAGCUCGACCUCAACGAGGAAGGCAAGGCACGCGUUCUCCUCUACCUCUCCGACUUUGCCAAUCUCUUUCGAUUCUACCGCCGCUCGAGGUACGACCACGACCAGGCCAUCAACCUUCUCAAUGCUACCCUGCUUUGGCGUAUGAGGACCGAUCUGGAUCUCUUGUCGCUCUCUUCGCUCAAUCCGCUCUAUGUGACACCGCCGCCACCCAACCCACCGCUCUUCUGGGUCAACAGCCACUUCAGAGACUUUUACGGACGACCAUGUGGGAUCAUCAACCUCCGCAGCGUCGAGAGGACAGCAGAGGGAACACUGGAUCAGAUCAAGGAGUACAUCGUAGCGUGUAUGGAGAUGAUGCGUAGAUAUGUCGCCGACCUCUACCGCGCUAGCACAGAUGGGCAACAAGGCGACAGCCAAGAAGGCAUGAUCCUGCAAGCAUCCAUAGCCAUCGAUCUCGCAUCCAGCGGCAUGGCCAACCUCGAAUUGGAGCUGCUCCCUUUCCUGCUUGACCUGCUCAAGAACCAUGUGCCAGGCAUGGUCGGUGCCGUUUACAUUCUCAACUAUGGUUGGGUGCACGCCGGUAUGUGGGCGGUCAUCAAGCGAGUGCUACCGCAGCAAGCACUAGCCAAGAUCUUCUUCCCUUCGUACGAAGAGCUUAAAGAACACUUUGACGCCAAAGCCAUCCCAGCGUGCUACGGUGGAGAGCUAGACGUCGCAGUGGAGAGCUCGACGAACGAUGUUCUGCGCAAGUAUGGUCGUCCUCGACGCGCCUCCAAUGCUACUCCCGCUGCCAGUGCUUCGACACCUCCGCACAGCCCGGGAGUAUCUCGUCACAUCAGCCGCAACAACUCAUACGACAGCAUCUACGAAGUCUUCUACAGCGCCGAUUCCACUCCUUGGGCGAGUCGUCCCAUCACACCACGACACAGCGAGCCAUCGACACCUCGCGGCAACGGCUCCGACGUCAAUGCUGCCGCAGGCCUCAAGAUGACCCCGAGCGCAGCGCGCAAGUUGAAGCAUCUGCAGAUGUCGAGGGGUGACUUGUCAAGCGCAGCAGAGAGCGCACAUCUAGGAGGCAGAUCUCGGUCAGGGUCGGAACCCAAGAUCGUCGAUGGCCGGGCGGUGGGUUUGAGUGUGAGCGUCGGAGCAUCGCCGUACGCGACACCUAGCAUCACACCCGUUGGCCCACUGAGUCCGCGGGUGACGCGAGCUCGAAACCCGGAUCGACACGUGCGCUUCUCGAGCGAUCGCUCGGAGUCGCCUCCUCGUCGGGUCGGAGCAACGAGCAACUUCACGCUCUACCUGCCCGAAGAGGACGAGGAAGCCAUCCUUCCGUCCGAGAGCGAAGACUCCGAUGCCAGCGGCAAGGACGGCGAGCUCCCACCCACACCUGCUCCCAGUGGCCUGCUGAAUCGUCUCCGUCGACUCUCGGACUUCACCUCGUCCGGCAACCCACCCAAACCCGUCAGCGACACGCCCACAGCCGACGGCACAAUCAUGUACAUCGAACCCUCCUCCCCUCGCCUCCAAGUAGAGCUCUUCGACGAACCACCACUGCAGCACGUCCCGCACACGUUCCUGUCACACCGCACCCGUCGGUCCAAACGCGACGGGCUUGUCUCGCCAUACAACGCCAACAACCCCUUCUUUGGCUACCCCGCCAUCCAGCCCACUGCACAAGAGGCCACUUUCCGGCUCAAUCGCAGCGCCACACCUCAGCACCUGCACUCGCGACGUCGCAAGCGCGAUCUACUGCGGACACUGACGUACCUCUUCGUGCUGAGGAUUCUGGCGUUCCACCGAAGAUUAAGAUGGAGGAUGUCGCUCGUGUGGCGCGAAGCAGCACGCACAUUGAGUGUCGGCCCGCGCGCUGCCGGCGCAGGCGAAGGGGAGGACGACUUCUGGAGAAACCUGGACAUGAGCCGUCUCUCGGCCGUGCAGGAGGACGAGCGACGAGCGAGGGAGAAGAUGAACAAGAGCCAAGGACCAGUGGGCAAGAUGGUGAAGAAGCUGAUGGGCGCCGUGGUGCUGUUGAUGCUGCUCAGACCGGAGUGGAGGCAGAGGGCGAUGGUUCAGGUGUAUGCCACCUUCGGGUCGAUGCUGGGUCGAAGAGACGCAGGAAACGAGGUAAACUGGGACGAGUGGGACCAGAGCGGUGUAGCAGCCAACUCGACCGCCAAGCAAAACAGAAGCUGGACGGGGAUGCAUCUUCGCCGGCGGAUCGGCUUGAAGGCCAACGUCGACACGAAGGGCGUUCCUCCGGUCACCACGGCUGCUGCCCCUGGCAAAAGCGGCAAGAACUCCCGCGCUGUCAACCCACUCGCCGUCGCGGGCGGCCUGAUCUCAGCCGCCUCGCUUGCCUACCUUCUCUAUACCUACCUCACCCCCUCUUCGGACCCGAACAAGGACGAUGACGACGACGUUGCCUCUCGGCGCACCUCGCUCAAACCUACGCCCUCCAAUCGCGUGCGACCAUCCCUCUCUCUCUGCCUUUCGCCUCCCUUCGCCCGGUCCCCCGAAAACAUCGCUGGCCUGCGCACGCUCCUGCACGCCAUCUGCCCGGUGUUCGUCGUGCACCUCAUCGUGCCCGGAUCCCCCGAUGACGAGCUGUCCGCGUCCAUCGCCAGCCUCAGCGCCACCCUUGGUCCGAUCCGGGACUUUGACGCGCGUCGCGUGCUCGAGUACACCCAGCCCGCCGGUCGAUUCGCCCUCUCCCGAGCGCUCGCGUGCGAUUGCCACGUCGAAGUAGCGCUACCGACAAGCGAGGAGAGCGGCACAGUGACGGAGUUGAUGAAGGUUAAACGCAGUUGUGGGCUGGUGGUGUUUGCGAGUUUUGAAGGUGGGGAGGGUGGAGGAAGGGCGGUGUUGGCGGAGCUGAGAAGGGUUGCUGAAGAGGCAGGAGCACCAGGGAAGGACGCUCCGAAUGGCAUGCGGGCGUUUGACCUGGGUGCCAGUGCCGAGGCCGAGAGGUGGAGGGUGCUGGGUGUCAAGCUGGGCGAGUUGAGGGAGGGAUGGAAGUGA